AUUUUCUAAUCAAAACAAGCUUUUGUGUUUAGAUUUAACACAUAUUGUGAUGACGUAGUUCACAACCACAUGUCCAAAUGUCAACAUGGAACUGGUUGUUGGAACGUAUGACGAAGUAAUCCUUGGAUUCCGUGUUGUAGAAGUUGGAUCUGGAUUACAAGUGGAAGCAAGCUUUACUGAUCAUUCUCAUGCUGGAUGUGUGAAAUGUGUAGCUAUAUCAGGGAAAGGUGUUCUAGCAUCGGGAAGUACAGAUGAAACAAUCCGACUCCUUAAUAUAAGGAAGCAGAAAGAGUUAGGCUCACUUGUUCACCACAACGGUACUGUAACAAGCUUAGAGUUCCAUAAAGGAUUUUUGUUCAGUACGAGUGAAGACAAAACUUUGUGCUUGUGGAAAACUUUUACCUGGGAGUGUCUCAGAACUUUCAAAGGACACAAAGCAGCCACAGAUUGUGUUUCUGUCCAUCCCAGUGGCAAGCUGGCUCUCACAGUCGGAAGAGAUCGAGCCUUGCAUACAUGGAACCUAAUUACUGGAAGAUCUGCUUUUAUCACAAACCUAAAACAAGUUGCUCACAUUGUGAAGUGGAGUCCUGAUGGGGACAAGUAUGCCAUUGUUAUAGGAAAUACUGUGAACAUUUACUCUGUUGAGACAGCAGAAGUAGUGCUGACUGUGAAAGCAGAUGCUCAUAUCAACAGUCUGGUAUAUUUAAAUAAUGAUGUGUGUUGCUAUGGAGGUGAGGGGGGCAGUGUCAUUUUUCAUAACGUCACAGAUGAUAAACGGCUACACACAUGUGAGACAGGUGCAAACAGAGUGAAGAGUUUCUGCAUCAGCUCUCAUAAGUUCCAAGAGGUAGCAGAGUGUAAGAUUUUAUGUACAGCAAGCAGUGAUGGUGUAAUCAAGUUAUACAAGAUCAUAGAGAAUCAGAAGAAGAUAAAUACAGAGUUGUUGAUAGAACACAGCACAGGUUUUCGUGUGACAUGUCUAGCUGCAUUCAGUAAUACUGAGGAAACAAACGCUCCUACUGAAGUUGUUAAACAAAAACAAACUGUAAUGGAACAUAAUGAUACCAGCAGCAGUGAAUCUGAUGAGAGUGAUCAUAUAGAAACUAACAAACCUUCCAAGACUGAGAAAGACACUAAUGUUAACAAAAAGUCGCUAAAAGAUGUACAUAAAGGUGAAAUAGAUAGAAAGCCAAAGAAUAGGAAAAGGAAAUUGAAUGAAGCAGUCAACAGUCAGUCCAUUAAAGAGAAGCAGAAAGAACUAUCAAGUUCAGUAAAGAAACAGCAGAAAGCAAGCAAACAACAGAAAGUGGAUACAAAAUCCAGUAAUGGUACAGUGUCCUUCAUUUCUACAGCAGCAAAUAAAAAGAAGAAGUUUAAGAAGAAGAAAAAGAAGAAACAAAAGACUGUGUCUUGAUUUCUCAUAACAGACCAGAAAAAAAUACAACUUCACCUCUGUUUGAAGUUCUGUGCAAUUGAUUUUCAGUUCCUAGAAUUGGUUUUAAUUUUAAGUAAAAUCAUUGGAAAAAAAAUUCAAUCCCCAAAUCAUGGUUUUACACAAAAAUAAUAAAUUUUAAUCAUGAAAAA